UAAAGGACAUAAAGAAGUGUCAAAAAGAAAAUGAUUUUUGAGGUUAUAUAUGUGAAUAAUUCCGAAUAAUUGUAUAAAUUCCGUACAUUUAUUUAUUAUGUGAAAGAAAUUAACUAAUUUAAUGAAGAAUAUAAGUCUUGUGUUCUCAAUAUUUAAUUUAUUCUAUUUUUUUCUAUUUAUUUUUUCAAGACUUAUAUGGUGAUAACAUUGAAGAUAUUGAAAGAAAAAAGUGUUUAUGAAUUCUGAUAACGUUUUUCGUAUUAAAAAAAUGUCUUAUUUAUAUUGAGUGAUGCAGAGUAAGGAAUAAUUAGCCAUAGGUUUUGUAUUUGUACAUAUAUCUUUUAGUUUGUUUUUUUUAUUAUGAAAAGACGUCAAAGAAGACCCAUCUUGGACAUUGAUGGAGAACACUCAAAUUCUCCAGUGAGAUUUUCCCAAGAAAAAUAUAAACAAAGCACUAAUUCAGUACCUGGAGAAAAUGGUUCCAAUCCCUUGAAAGGUUUACUAGGACAAUAUAAUUCAGACAGUGAAACUGAAGAUGUUCAACAAACAGCAAAUAAAUUAGACGAUAAAGUCAAUGAUUUUUUAAAGGAAAUUCAGUCAAUUGCGCCUGAAAAUCCUGCAGUUCUUCCUAAAGAUAUUAAAGGAAAAUCAUAUUCUACUCAACCAGAAAUGCCUUGGCAAGAGUGUUUUGACGAGUCUACUGGCUAUCCUUAUUAUUGGCACACGAACACAAACCAAGUAACUUGGGAAAUGCCACCAGAAUAUAGAUUGUGGAAAGAAAAGAAGCAAAUGACUGUUAAUCAACAUAAUUUACAUGUGAGUCAUUGGCCUAGUGUUUCAUCAAAUAGCGAAAUACCGGAAGGUAUGAUACCAAAGGAAGUUGUUGCCAGAAAUAGAAAUAGACAAGCGGGAAUUCAGGAGAAUCGAGUUCCAGUCAAUACAAAACAACUUGAUACAUCUCUACCUUCACAUUUACGAGAGGACGAUUCCGAUGAUGGAAAAAUUGAAAUGAUAACUUCAUUUGGAAAUGAGGAGAGUGAAGAAAGUGAAUCAGACUCUCACGUCGAAGAGCCUUCUGAAAGUAAAGUAAAGAAAGUGAACAGUCGUAAACACUCGAAAAAUUCCAAUAAAGAAAAAAAAACUGAAAUAAAACCAACGAACCAAUCAAUUGAAAUCGGCCCAAGUCUUCCGCCUGAAAUGCAAGAGAGAAUUUCAGGAAGUAAUUCAUCAACAUUUUCAUCAACAAUUGAAAAUUUUCUUAAGACAAAAUCAAGUGUCCCUUCGACUAUAAAUUCAGAUUCAAACGGCACCGAAGAAGAUAUAUUGAGACGUUUAAAAAGUCAAGCUAAAUUAUUACAAUCAAUGAAUGAGAAAAACGAUUCUGGUUCGAGGGGUGGUUCACCAUUUGAGACAGAAUACAAUAAACAGAGUAAAAUUAAUGAAUCCGAGAAACGUUUAGAGGAUAAGUCGCAGACACAUAGGGAAUUAAAAGUAUCAUUGGUACCUGGUUACGAGGAUGAUUCAGAUAAUGAAGAAGAAAUUCCACCAGCAACUGAUGUUAAACCUCUAUUUCCAAUAGUCGAAUAUCAAACGGAUAAACCUCAAGUUUCAACAGUCUCUGAUGGAAUUAUGAAAAAAGUGGAAACAAGACAAACUGAAAGUGGUUGUAUUCGUAUUUUUGAAUAUCGAAACGUUGACACCGAUAAAAAUGAUACUGACAAUGAGACUAAAGAAUUAAAUAAAGAAAUCGAGAGUGUCGAUAGUGAAUUAGAAUCGCGAGUUACUCAACCUGCGCAAGAUGUAGUGAAGGUUAAUAAAUUCUUGGAGAAUUUAGAAACACCGACAAAGGCUUUUCAGCGGAAGAAGAGAAUAGCAUUUGAUGUUUUGCCGAAUCGACCAAAAGUAGUUGAAACGCAAGAAGUGGCAACUACAGAGGAAGUACAAGCAGCAAGUACAAUUAGUGAGAGUGAUAGAUUUGGCUUUGGAUUCCAAAAGGAAAAGGAGGAAGUAAAUGAGAGUGAAACGGUGGAAGUUAAACCAGCGGAAGUUGCUGCAAAGAGUGAAAAGGAAUUAAUUAGUUUUGUGAAAGGUGAAACUAUGAACAAUAACACAAAACCAGUGGAAGAAGUGAAAAGUAUACCAGCUGCUGAGAAUAAGGAAUUCAAAUAUUUAACUGAAAUGAUAUCAGAAAAGUUGAAAUUUUUAUCCGAAGGAUGUCAAAUGGCGUCGGCUGUUCAAAUUAUGGCGAUUCAACUUCAAACACUGUUGGAGGCAUGGGAGAGUGGAGACCUGAAACAAACAUAUCUCUAUCAAUGGUUAACAACGACGGGACGGGAAUUGAGUCGCUUAGAGCAAACAGCAGCACCGCCUGGAUGGGAAUGUCAGUGGGAUAGAUCGCAUAAACGGUACUAUUAUCGGAAUGCGGCAACUGGUGCAGCCCAAUGGACUUAUCCCGAAAUGGACGUCAUCGGUGGUACUGAGGAAAUGGAAUUAUGCACAACACCUCCACCGGAACAGGAGGAACCUAUCAUUGAGAGGGAUGUGGAAUUAAAUCAAAAGAAUCCAACAACCGAGGAAACCGAGAAGAAAAUAUCACCAGAAAAUAAAGAAAUCAACAAGGAUGCAAAUUCAAGUGAUUUAAAAGUUCCUCCACCGCCACAAAUUUCAAAUCCAAGUCCACCACCGCCACCGAGAAUUUAUGCCGAAGAUUUAAAAAAGGGACAAAAAAGAAAAAAUAGCCAAGAUAACGAUUCGGAGAGUAAAAAGGAGAAAUUGGAACCAGCUCCUCCUCUUCCGGCUGCGACAAUUGAAACACCUCAACCACCUUUGCCGCCUUCACCACCGAAAGUAUCUAAAACGAACGAACCUCUUCCACCUGGAGUUGAUCCACCCGAAAUACCUUAUGCAUUGCCUGCAACAGUUCUCGAAUCUGGAGUUCUAUACGCAGCAACUCCUCAUCAAACGAAUCCAAUUUAUGCUGCGACAAUGGGAAACGCCAUUUUAACUCAUCAUACGGCUCUUAUGCAAGGACAAUUAUUACACUAUCCUGCAUAUCAUCUGCAUAAUCCGGCUUUAGUAGCAGCUGCCAGUCGUUUAGGACAAGAGGGAGUUCAAUUUAUGAUGACGGAUUAUUCACAAAUUUACGGCACGAAUCAAGUUAUUGCCAAACCACCUGUAAAAGCACAUCGUGAGUCUUUAGGAUCGGCCAUUGAUUCAUUUUACAAUGAUAUUGCUUCGAUAGAAAAUAGUAAUUUGGAAACUGAGCAGCCAGAAAGUCAGGAAUGUAAUUAUCCGGAAAAUGCGUCUUCGCCUUUAACUCAAUUGCAAACUGAAGACAGUCAAUCAACAUCAGAUGCAAUUACGAAGGAGAAGAAGAAGAAAAAGACGAAACUCGGAGUAGGAAAAAAACAGAAGGAAAUGUCAAGUAUGGUGGCAAAAUGGCAACGAGUACAACAAAAUUAUGGAAACGCGAGUUGAAUUGUGACAAAUUAUAUAUAUAUAUAUAUAUUUAUAUAUUAUAUAAGUUAAUCUUCGACUAAGCGAUAAGUUUAAAAUGAUCCUUAAGAGAAAAUAAAACUUGUUUUACAGCAA